AUGUCAGAACAACCUGGUGCCCAGCAGCUACGGUUGCGCAUUGGAAAUAUCUCGACAGCUCUUGCCGAGAAGCCAGACCUUCUUAGCUCAAGGAUUGCCAAAUUCGGUUCAAUAAUCGACAACUUGGACCUCCACACAAAGCCUACUCAUGAUCAUUACUUUGCAUUUAUAACCGUUGAAUUUCCCGAUAAAGGGUUCCAGAAACUCAAAGCAUCGUUGGCUGGUGCUGUCUUUAUGGGACGCAAGCUUUCGGUCGAUAUAGCCAAACCAGACUAUCACCAACGUUGGUUGAAAGACUCUCAGCGACCCGAUGAAAAACACGAUGCCAGACAACGCCAAUUUCAAAUUCAUUUAGCACGCCAGGAACGCAUUAAGGAGUCCCAAACUCUGUACCAUAUCAAUCGUUUCGACAAUUCUAUUGUCCAGAAACCUCCUCGUACCUCCUACAUGUUAUCUCCUCAUACAUUCAACAACAUAUCUGGAAAUACCAAGCACCAACCACCCACUCAAACUCUUCAUGGAGACGGUUCAUAUGGGGCUCUAACCAAGGGAAAACCCAUUGUGGGGCUUCCGACGUCUCGUACUUCGGGAGGAGGCGAAUUUUGCAAGGGAAGAAUGAGAACUACUCCAAGAUCGAAGUUGGCUCAGAAACUGCAAACCAUGCGUAUUUUGAUAAAUGGCAAACCAACCCAAAUUAAAGCCUUCAAGACUAAACUUUGGGGAUACGAGAAGAACAAAACCGUCAACGACCUCACGUGGAAUUACUCUGACGGGAAAUGGAUCAGUGGAGAUAAUCAUGUACUUGAACGGGUGCAGUCAGUUCAUCACAAAAAUGAGCAAGCUGAAGGUACAGAUUUGAAAGAAGAAAUAGAAAAGAACACUUCAGUUUUGGCUUCGUUUUUAUCGGGAUACGAUUUUGAGAAACCUGUUGAGCUUUUGGAAGACAAUGAAGAGGAGACAGUAAGUGGAAUCUCAAAACAGGAUAUCAUCGUUGACACCAAAGGACGCAAAAAGGUUACCCAUUUUGAUUAUGAGAUCGAAGGAAAUGGGGUCAAUGACGAUGAAGAAGCCGUACCAAUUUCUUCAGAAGCUCGUCGCCAGCUUGAGCUUUUCAAGGAAUCCGCUGGUGGUCCUGUCAAAGAACAAUAUUUUGAUGAAGACGAUGAGUCGGAUUUCGAUAUAGAAGCUUUGAAGAAGACGGAGGAGCAGGAUGGGGACGUAGAGGUUGUUCCGGAGGCACAAAGCACAGAAAAUAUUCAGGCUGGUGCUGAAACUGUGGUCACUAAAAAAUCUCCAGAACCCACCACCAAGCAGCCUCAAGCCGAAGUUGAGUCCGAUGAACCAUCACAGCCACAAUCUCAAGCUCAACCUACCACAGAGGCAUUGAGAACUUUGCUCAAUCCACAGAAUGAGAGCUCAGGGUUCAAACUUGCAUUAUCUGAAGAAGAUGAAGAUGUUGACAGCGACCAUAUCAUCGAUUCCAGCGAACAGGCUCAACUUUUGGAGCAAAUCAAGCAGAAACAACAGCAACUGAGAGAAAGUGGGCAUGGUGUUCAAAGCAAGGUUCGAGGUCUUUUUUGGCCCCAUUUCGAUUCUCCAUUUCUCCAGUCUCAAUCGCAGCUCAGUAAGAUCGGGGCUCUGGCUGAGACAGUGACACUUCUUGGAGAAAAUGAGCCAGACAUAGAAGGUAGAGAUGGAGAAUCUCCAUUUGAAAAAUGGUUCUGGAGCAAGCGAGGAGAAAUCGGUAGAGAGUGUAAGAGGAGAAAGCGAGAUGUGGCACGAGCAUUUAAAAAGAGUUCCCGAGGGAGACCUGUGGAUUAA